GUGUUACUUAUUUCAUCAGCUACUACAUAAUGUCUUGUUAUUAUCUGAAACUGUUUUAUGCACUUCUUCUGCUGUUGUUGCAUGCUGCAGGACCCAUUCUCGGGUUGAACAAAAGCGCAGAAAUAAAGUGCAUAGAGAGGGAGAGACAGGCACUUCUUAACUUCAAACAUGGCCUCAUAGAUGCCUAUGACAUGCUGUCAACAUGGAGGGAUGAUGAAAACAGUAGAGAUUGUUGCAAAUGGAAAGGCAUUCGUUGUGACCAUAUAACAGGUCAUGUAACCAUCCUUCGUCUCCCUGGUUCGAAUACACAAUCACAAUUUUUGAGAGGUGCACUGAAUGUCACUUCGUUGUUUGCCUUGCAAAAUAUUCAACAUUUGGAUCUCAGCUACAAUUAUUUCAUAGGGAGUCACAUCCCGCAACUCAUGGGCUCACUAACCAACUUAAGAUAUCUCAAUCUCUACAACUCUUUUUUUAGUGGCAGCAUUCCUAUCGAAAUUGGAAGCCUUACACAUUUACGGACUCUGGAUCUUGGUAAUAACGCUUUUCUCUGUGGGAAAAUCCCUUAUCAACUUGGAAACCUUACACGCUUAAGGUAUCUCGAUCUCAGUCACAAUUUUCUGGACGGGGAACUCCCUUAUCAACUUGCGAAUCUGUCACAGUUGAGGCAUCUUGAUCUUAGUCAUAAUUCAUUUUCUGGAGCACUCCCUUUCCAGGUUGGGAAUCUUCCUUUCUUGCACACUCUUAGACUUCCUGGCAAUUUUGAUGUCAAACCUAAGGAUGCACAAUGGCUCUCUAAUCUCCAUUCCUUAACAAAUCUUGCCUUGUAUUCUUUACAUAAUCUUGACUGGUUGCAAACCAUUAUUUUUCCAAAUUUAAGAGAGUUGGGGCUAGUUGAUUGUUCUCUUUCAGAUGCCCAAAUUCAAUAUCUCUUUUAUUCACGCCCCAACUUCUCCACUUCUCUUACCAUCCUUGAUCUUUCUUCUAAUAUUCUCACAUUAUCAACAUUUCAACUUCUGUCAAACUUUAGCCUUAAUCUUCAAGAGCUUUAUCUUUCUAAUAAUAACAUUGUUUUAUCAUCUCCUAUCUACUCAAACUUUCCUUCUCUUGUGAUCCUUGACCUUUCUAAUAAUAAUGUGACCUCAUUGGUCUUUCAAGGUAGUUUCAACUUCAGUUCAAAACUUCAAAAUCUUUAUUUGUCAAAUUGUGGUCUAAGGGAUGAUAACUUUAUCAUCUCAGCUAUUUCAAUUUCGAAUUCUUCAUCUUCACUUGGCUCGCUUGAUCUCUCCUCAAAUCUGUUGAAAUCAUCAUCCAUAUUUUACUGGCUCUUCAACUCCACUACCAAUCUUCGUACACUUGAACUUAGUGAAAACAUGUUGGAAGGUCCCAUUCCAGAUGGUUUUGGGAAAGUAAUGAACUCUCUUGAAGUUCUUGACCUCUUUGAUAACAAACUGCAAGGCGAGAUUUCAUCUUUCUUUGGGAACAUCUGCACAUUACAGGAGCUAGACCUCUCAAACAACAAGAUGAGUGGGAACAUUUCUAACUUGUUUCAAAACUCUUCAUGGUGCAACAAACAAGUGUUUCGGUGUUUGUUUUUAUAUGAUAACCAGAUUACCGGCAUUCUACCUAUAAGCAUUGGAUUGCUAUCUGAGUUAGAGUACUUGUUCUUGAAUGGAAAUUGCUUGGAGGGUGACGUCACUGAAUCCCAUCUUUCCAGUUUCUCCAAAUUAGUAUUCUUGGAGUUACAACAUAACUCAUUGUCACUAAAAAUUGGUCCUACUUGGGUUCCUCCUUUCCAAUUAAUGUUAUUGAGAUUAGGCUCUUGUAAUUUGGGCCCGAAAUUUCCAAGUUGGCUUCAGACUCAAAGUUCCUUAGUGUUUCUUGAUAUUUCUAAUAGCAAGCUUAAUGAUUUCGUACCAGACUGGUUUUGGAACAACUUGCAAAAUAUGGAAAAGUUAAAUAUGUCUAACAAUAAUCUCAUUGGUGCAAUUCCCAACUUAUCAUUGAAGCUUCUGUAUAGACCGUUCAUAUUUCUGCAUUCAAAUCAAUUUGAAGGCAAAAUUCCACCCUUUUUACUGCAAGCCUCAAAGCUCAAUCUCUCCAAAAAUAAAUUUUCAAAUUUGUUUUCAUUCUUAUGUGAUCGAAGCAUAUCUGCAAAUUUGGCUUCUUUAGAUUUAUCAAACAAUCAAAUGAAGGGAGAACUGCCAAACUGUUGGAAAAAUGUUGAUCGGUUAUUGUUUCUUGAUUUAAGCAACAAUAAAUUAUCAGGGAGGAUUCCUGUGUCCAUGGGCAGCCUUGUUAAAUUGGAAGUCUUGGUUUUACGAAACAAUAACCUAAUGGGUGAAUUACCUUCCACUUUGAAGAACUGCAGUAAUUUAAUUAUGGUGGAUGUGAGUAAAAAUAUGUUGUCUGGUCCAAUACCAUCAUGGAUUGGAGAAAAUAUGCAGCAAUUGAUAAUCUUGAACAUGCGAGGGAAUCACUUCAGUGGACGUCUUCCAGUUAAUCUCUGUUAUUUGAAGCGUAUUCAAUCAUUGGAUCUUUCAAGGAAUUACUUAUCGAGAGGUAUUCCAACAUGCUUAAAGAAUUUGACUGUAAUGUCUGAAAAGAUCAUCGACAGAGGUGCAACUCUAAAUAAUAUAUAUUGGUCUACCAAUCUUACUUACCAUGAACCUUUUGCUGCUUUUUUAUCCAGUUCUGAUAAUUAUACACUUAACAUAACAUGGAUGUGGAAAGGUGUGGAACUGUGGUUUUCAGAUCCAGAGUUACAACUUAAGAGCAUUGAUCUUUCAAGUAAUAAUUUAACAGGUGAAAUACCAAAAGAGAUUGGAUAUUUGGCUGGGCUAGUUUCUCUAAAUUUAUCUCGAAAUUAUCUAAGCGGAGAAAUUCCUUCUGAGAUGGGAGAUUUAAGUUCACUGGAGUCCCUUGACUUAUCAAGAAAUCGUAUCAGUGGGGGAAUUCCUUUUUCUCUUUCUCAAAUUGAUGAUCUAGGUAAGUUAGAUUUAUCACACAACUCUCUUUCAGGAAGAAUCCCACGAGAAAGACAUUUUGAAACCUUUGAAGGCUAUAGUUUUGAAGGAAACAGAGAUCUUUGUGGUUUUCAACUGAACAAAAGUUGUCCUGGAGAUGGAGAUCAAAGGACAGUAAAGUUCCCAGAAGUUGAAGCAAUCAAUGGUGAUGAAGACAGUGUCUUUUACGAGGCAUUAUACAUGAGCAUGGGAAUAGGAUUCUUUACUGGAUUUUGGGGCUUAUUAGGGCCAAUACUACUUUGGCAUCCUUGGAGAAAGGAUUACAUGAGAUUUGUGAACAGACUGAUAAAUUAUAUAUUUGAAUGGUUAUAGGGAAUGCAACAAAGUAGUCCUCGUAGCUCAUAGGCAAGAAGAAUGCAGGUGUUACAGAUGCUCUACACAAUUCGGAUUAGGGAGGAAAUCAAUGUUGGGUUGCACAAGGGCAAAAUAUUUAUUUAGUUUUGUCGUUUACAAUAUUUUGUAUGAAAGAAAUAAAUUGAAAAAUCUUGUUUCUAGAAACUUGUUAUGAUUUGGUUGUAUUUUAUGAUAUAAUAUAUUGUAAUG